UUUAUACAUUUACCGCCAAUACAAGAGCUUUGUGCCUGCCGAAAUGGCAAGACAAACGCUGAACAGAUCGCAGAAGCAGACGACAGCGAACAGGUUAUAACUAGCGCCACUCCGCUCGUACGUUCUUUCCCUAGCGGCGAAAGGGGCGAACUAGACCAGGCGUGCUGGAGGAGGGAGAUCUGUGCAGGUCUGGAGUUCAGUAGGUCGUGGUCGGGACCAUCGCUACUAGAUACUUCAGGACCACGUCAGGACAAUGCCUCAGAAGCAGGAGCGUUUUUUGCAACAUUCGUUUUUCCGCGUUUGUUAGAGCGGGCUUUUCAAUAUGUUACGCAAAGAGUAGCGAGUGCAAUCAAUGUUCGUACUUCAAAACAAGUGCAAGAGUUGGGUGCGGGUGGCUGCCGACACUUAUUUCAAGCAGCUUGCUGAACUCUCGUGCCCAUCAACGCAGUAAAGCUGCUCAGUUUUGAUAGACAUGGCAUUACAACGUUUACAUUCAACUACCAGCGUUGCAGGCAGCAGCUCAAGCUCAUCACGGUCGCGUCGACGCACCAUCAAAUGGCGAACUCUUAAAAAGUUGGCGAUGUCAAGAUCGUCAUCGGAGUCGUCUCUCAGUUCGACUAUGUUGAAAGAAAGUGACGAUGAAGAUUUGCGUAAAGAGUCGCAGGCGGUUCAGCAACGUUCUCUAACAAGGAGCCCCCGGAGUCCAUUGAGUGGCAACACAAAAUCCAGGUUGCCACAUGAAAACACGAAAAGGAAGCAAGCAAUCAGUGGAACUGGCUCGCCUCCAAGAAUCUCACCAAGAAAAGUGUCCAGGCCUGAGCUUGAGAAAGUGCCAAGCUCCAGGGCACCUUCACAUUCGACUUCAGUAGCCACUCUAGUAGUUGCAUCACCUCGCAGGUCAUUCUGGAAUACUUCUUAUCGCCAAGAGGCUGCUUCUGAUUCCUUGGCGCGAAAUGUUCAACAUGGUAGAAAAAGUGCACCUGAAGAAAAGUCUGCUGAUGGGUCCAGCAUAGUGAAGCAAGGACAAGCUAAUACAAGUUCGCAGCCUUCUACCAGAAGUCAACAGGGUCUUGCAUCUGGUUCCUCUCAUCAUCGAAAUGCCACUUCAGGACGUGAAAGAACACUGGCCUCAACUUCAAGUGGCAGGAUGACAUUAAAAGAAAAGUCCGCUGUCGAAUUCAGUGCAAUAAGGCAAGGACAUAAAUCUUCCACUUUGCGGUCACCAAGUAAAUGCAAGCAGGGUCUUGCAUCUGGUUCCUCUCAUCAUCGAAAUGCCACUUCAGGACGUGAAAGAACACUGGCCUCAACUACAAGUGGCAGGAUGACAUUAAAAGAAAAGUCCGCUGUCGAAUUCAGCGCAAUAAGGCAAGGACAUAAAUCUUCCACUUUGCGGUCACCAAGUAAACGCAAGCAGGUUGCACCAAAAAAAGCUGUGAGAAAGCCAAGAUACAAAAUCUUGGGAGAGAUUGAGCGUCAUCAGUCAUCUACAGUGACACUCAUCUUCGCCUUCUAUUUGGUCGUGUUGUGCGCAAGAUUCUUUUUAGUAUAACUGGUGAUGAUUUUAAGAUGCAGAAGCUGGCCCUGAAGGCACUCCAUGAGGCCAGUGAAGCAGUCAUAGUGGCACUUUUGGAAGGUUCUAAUAAGCUCGCUCGUCAUGCUCACCGUUUCACAAUUAUGAACAGGGAUUUAGAUAAUUUGCUUACCUUGAUAAAGAGCUAUGGCGACCUGCAUGGCUGCCUCUCCUAAAGGCGUUCAGUCUUUUCAUGUUGGUUUUAAUGUGAAAUAGUCAUGCACUAAAAUGAACAACUUGCCAGAUCUGUGUGGUCUGCGUGGAAACAAUGAAAAUAGUCAGAAAUAUUAAUGGCUUUUAUUCUGCUUAGUUCACAAUCACUUUUGACUUAUCCAGUUACAUUGGAAUGCAAUUUUCUUUAUACUCAUGCUUGUGUUUUAUUGUAUAUAAUUUGAGGUGUCAGAUAGUAGAAAUAAAGUGGUUUAAAAGCUUC